GAAGCAUGGGAUCAUGAAUUAUUGUCAUUUGGGGAUAAACAUCAGUUUCUUCGUCACCUUGAAUAGCCAAAUCUCAACGCUUUUUGGUGCUCCGAUGAUGACUAAGCACAUCGUCUUAUAGUUGGAGUAUUCCUUGCUUCAUUCAUCAUCAAUCCUAUCCUCUCUCUCACUAUUCUCGUCUUUUCUUCCAGUCCCUCCAAGACUUUUCAGUCAGGGAAUCAAUGGGUAAUGCAUCAUCAACGCUAACUCAAUAUGAUAUUGAAGGAGUUCAAGAGCACUGUAACUAUCUAUUUUCCCAGCAAGAAAUAGUGUCACUCUAUCAGAGAUUUUGCCAACUUGAUCGGAAUGCAAAGGGUUUUAUCUCAGCUGAUGAGUUCUUAUCGGUGCCAGAGUUUGCGAUGAACCCGUUAUCUCAGAGGUUGCUUAAGAUGGUGGAUGGUUUGAACUUCAAGGACUUUGUAGCAUUCUUAUCAGCAUUUAGUGCUAAAGCAAAUAUGCAGCAAAAAGUAGAACUUAUUUUCAAAGUUUAUGAUUCAGACUAUAAUGGGAAGGUGACUUUCAAUGACAUAUUAGAAGUGCUGCGGGAUUUGACAGGUUCAUUCAUGUCCGAUGAGCAAAGAGAGGAGGUCUUGAGCCAAGUUUUGCAGGAAGCUGGUUAUAAAAAGGAAUCUCCUUUAUUGUUGGAUGACUUCAUUAAGAUUCUUGGCAAACCAGGCCUGAAAUUGGAGGUGGAAGUCCCGGUAGACUAAAGCUGAGACAGUGUUCUUUGCCAAUUUAAUUCAAGAUUAAACCUGAAGAGAACAUAUGCCCCUUUGUGGAAGUUCAUACCUGUAUUAUUGUUUUUUGUUUCUUUGCUUCUCUUUUUUUCUUCUUGUUUUCUUUUAAUCUCAACCAAAAAUUAAGAAUAAGCAAUGUAUAUUACAAUAAAAAAUGAGCUUAUUCGUAAAGGUUCCAUGUAAAUACUGUGUGUGUGCAUGAUGAGGGUUUUGGCCAAGUGUUAAUUUUCUGAUAUAUUUGAUUCAGCUGCUAAA